UCGCACUGGGACUCGCGUUUCUCAACUACGACCCUCACACCACUGCCUCUUUUCGACAGAUUGCCUGAGACGACCAAGACAGAGGCUACCUUUGUCUUUUCCACCACCAAAACCCCACUCCAAGCAACAACUUCACGACUCUCUCACUCCUACUUUCUUUUUCUUGGGUCCCUUGUCUCUUCACCCCACGUCCGCGCGCUGCUCCACCCUAUUGCAAGGCAGUGCUGCUUGCUCUCGCCACCCAGCAGCCCCUCUUUCUCUCUCCCCCUCCUCAUCCUUCGCUGCCCCAGCGACGACUAGAGGGAGCCAUCCACCUCACCACCACGACCACCACGAGCACACACACAGAGCGUUUUUCUUCGCCAUGAUCUCAUCAACAUCACGUAUCGUAUCAGCCGUCGCAGCUACCGCGGCUGUCCUCGCCCUGUCCACUGCGCCAGCGGCAUCGGCCGCGGGCAAGUCAGCGGCCAAGAGCUGCAAUUGCCCUGGCCAGUAUGAGACCAUUGUCGAGAACUCAAAAGCAUCUGCGAUGAUGCUCGGUCUCAUCAAUGAGGACUACGUCUGGAUUCUUGACAAGGUCGAGAACAACCGCGACAAGGUGCCUGGCUCCAACAAGCCAGCAUGGGGCUCCAUCCUUAACCUCAACGACAAUUCGGUCAACGUCAUCGACGUCAACACCAACACCUUCUGUGCCUCAGGAUCAACCCUCGGCAACGGUUCGUGGGUGGUUGCUGGUGGUAAUCAGGCCAUCUCAUACGGUGGUGAAGCCAUCGCCACCGAUGCGCCUCCAUCAGCGCAGCCCUACGGCGAUUACGAUGGGCGCAAAGCUCUCCGUAUCAUGGAGCCCGUAGCUUCUGGAGCCAACAAUGCCUCGAUCAGCUGGAGUGACAACCCUGGAGGAAACGUCAUGCAGUCGCAGCGUUGGUACCCUGGUAUGGAGACGAUGGCCGAUGGCUCCAUCAUUCUCAUUGGCGGCGCUACUGGCGGCGGAUACAUCAACCGCAAUUACCCCAACAUUGACCGCGCUACUUCCGGAGGUGGAUCCAACCCAACGUACGAGUACUUCCCCUCAAAGGGCACGCAAAAGACGGCACAGUUCAUGAUCAAGACGAGCGGUCUCAACAUGUACCCUCACAUGUACCUCCUCCCUUCAGGCAACAUGUUCAUGCAGGCAAACUACUCGACGACGAUCUGGAAGCCAGACGAUGACUCGUACACCGACCUCGACGAUAUGCCUGGCCAGAUUGUCCGUGUCUACCCCGCCUCUGGUGCUACGGCCAUGCUCCCUCUGACGCCCGCCAACAAGUACACUCCGACGAUCCUCUUCUGCGGUGGCUUUGCUACGACGGACGCUCUGUGGGGUGACUUCACCGCUCCUCGCUUCAACGCUCUCACCACCGCUGCGUCGGACGAUUGCUCGUCGAUCACACCCUCCAACUCAGACGGCAGUGACAAUCCCAACGCCAAAUACGUCACCGAGGAGAAGCUCCCUGAGCCACGCACGAUGGGUCAAUUUAUCCACCUGCCCAAUGGCCAGAUGGUCAUCGUCAACGGUGCGCAGAAGGGUACUGCUGGAUACGGUAACGUCUCUGCUGGUGCAAAGACGAAUGACGGCUUCGUUUGGGACUGGACAAACAUUUUCAACACCUCAGACGGCCAGACGGUCUACACCGAGUCGAUGAGCCAGGACCCCACCUACCAGCCCGUCCUUUACGAUCCUGAGCAGCCCAUGGGCUCGCGCCUGACUCGUGACGGCUUUGGCUCGUCGCCGAUUGCCCGUCUUUACCACUCCACUGCUCUCCUCCUGCCCGACGGCUCUGUCCUCGUCGGUGGCUCCAACCCGCACAUGGACGUCGCCCUGACGAUGCCUCAGACCAUUGCAGGCAUUCGCGCAUUCAACACGACGUACGAGCUCGAGAAGUGGUACCCGAUGUACUACUUCAAGACGCGACCCGAGCCCACUGGCCUGCCUGACCACAUCCUUUACGGCGGCAAGACGUUCACAUUCAACAUGGACUCUAACUUCAUGGGCGACUCUGCCAACUACAAGGCCAACAACACCAAGAUCAUGGUCAUUCGCCCUGGUUACUCGACGCACGCCAUGAACAUGAACCAGCGCUCCCUGCAGCUCGAGCACUCCUUCACCGUCAAUGGUGACGGCACGGUCUCGUACACCGUCAUGCCUAUGCCGACCAACGUCAACCUCUUCCCACCUGGACCUGCUCUCCUCUUCGUCACCAUCGACGGCGUACCGUCGAAGGGCAAGUACGUUAUGAUCGGCCAGAGCCAAGCGGGCGGCCCCGUCCCAUUCAACUACGCUGCUGCUGCAGGCACUCAGCCCUCACUCCCUGCCUCGGUCACCAAUGCCAAGUACAACGCCACGCCUGACGAGUCUGGCGCUGAGUCUUUCGGCAUUGGCAAGAUUGUCGGCAUUGCCGUUGGCGCUGCAGCCUUGAUCCUCUUGAUCCUUCUUGGUCUCCUCUGCUGGCGCCGUCAGUCGAACAAGAAGGCCAAGGCCGCUGGCGGCUACGGUGGAGCAGGUGGAGCAGCCGCAGCAGGUGGAGCAGUGUAUGGCCAGUCGAGCUACCGUGACGGGGGAGCUGGCGGCGAGUACAAGCGUGUCAAUACCCCCGCAAGCUCAGUAGGCGCGUUUCCUGGAGCCGGGACGCGCGGCAGCCUCGCGACGUACGAUUCGUACCGCAUGCAGGACGUCAGUGGGCCCAACACUCCCUACUACGACUCGCCGCGGAAUACAGCGACUCGUUCGCCGCUUGGCCAGGAUGCGGCCACAUUGGGCGGUGCUGGGGACUAUGCGUCGCAAGGAUGGGGAGAGCACCGUGGUGGCGAUGCCGGGGACUACUACCGCGACAACAUGGACCGAUCUGACGGCGGUGCGGCGCAGUACUACAACCAGGGAUCGCACCAUGCGUCGCAGUACAGCUACGGCAGCCAAGGGCGAAGAUGAUUGGCCGAGAGGCCCUGAUCUCGUCUCUUGUCACCCUUCGCAAGUCCAAUUCUCCUUUCUCUUUGCUCGCCAUUCAUCCUCAACUACCGUAUCAUAGUAGCGCAGUAGCCGACGCCUCUCACACCUAAGCGCAGCGCAGCUCGC